GCGCGGGACACGUGCAGAUUAUGACGUCACGCUCCCAACAGCUCAUCUAAGUUUCGCAUCCGGUUGAAAAUAAUAUUAUUAGCCUUAAAAUAAAGCGUCACCUAUCUAUAAUCUCGAUCUGACAGCGGCCUCGUCGACCUCAGGAUCACACUACGGAUGUGUGUUAUUCGGGGUUCGUGUUUUCAAAGCAUUAUAAUAACGUUACUCAAAGACGGAUGUCAACAAAGUCGCUGGUUAGCUAGCUAAUGCUAACAAACAGCCUGUUCGCCGCGGUUGAGACUCAAAUUUUGGGGCUGCUGUUAACCUUCCCAUCGAGCCGGUUUGGGGACGUGUGUCUAUCCCCCAUCAUCUCUUGGGAGAUGGGUAGUCAUUUCCGCAGCUACGUCUGGGAUCCAAUCCUCAUCAUCUCCCAGAUUAUUCUCAUGCAGUGCAUCUACUACAGCUUCUUGGGUCUGUGGUUGGCUGGUGUUGAUGGUUUGGUCCAUACCAGUAGAUCACUCGACCAGGUAUUUAAUUACGAGGUUCUUGGCUUUUCAACAACACAGGGUCGCUUGUCUAUGAUGGCAUUCAUUCUGAAUUCUCUCACAUGCGCUCUUGGCCUGUGGUUUUUCAUCCGACGGGGAAAGCAGUGUCUGGACUUCACAGUGACAGUGCAUUUCUUUCACAUGAUUGGCUGCUGGAUCUAUAACGCCCAUCUUCCAGCCGCCCUGUCAUGGUGGUUGGUCAACGUGGCCUGCAUGGCCCUCAUGGCGGUCAUCGGCGAAUACUUGUGCAUGCGGACAGAGCUCAGAGCCAUCCCUGUCAACACGGCACCUAAAUCCAACCUAUGAGGACUGUUUGGAGACAGAUGUGCAACAGCUGGUGUGUACGAGGUCUGGCCUGUUGACUAACACUGCGGUGGUUUUCUGGGAAGAUGACCAGAAGUGACUUGGUUGUUCUGUGAUGUUUUGGUCACAUCACUGUAUUUAAUCUGGAUGACGUUGAGAUGUGCCACAUGGGUUUCAUGCUGCAUCGCAUGAUGAUCCUAUGACUCUCCUCAAUCAGCAUCAUUUUCAAAAAGACUAUUGUAAUUAUUCUUAUUUAGGACCAAUUCUUCAUCAUUCAUGGAUGGCUACUGAAAAUAUGACAUUUGUCAUGGUCCGUUUUAAAAUUACAGAAACACCAUUUAUGUAAAUCUUUAUCUAAAUAAAAUGCAACGUAAUCCUGAAUACUUGGAUAAUGGUUCCUAUUGUUUUGGAAAGAAUUGUGGUUUUAAUGUUUUAUCAGGUCAUUCUUUUACAAUUACCAGUGACAGUAUUUCAUUGACCUCAAAUAAAGUUUAAUAAUUGAGUUUUAAGUCAACAUGAAAUCAAACCUGACACUGAUUGAUUUCUUGAUGCAUGUUCCUGUUAUUGAGCAUGUUAUUCCAAAGCACAAAGUUUAGUGUCUGCCUACUAAGGGGUAUUUUUAUUUAUUUUUUUCAUUGAAUGUCCUCCGAAAUUAAAUUUCUCUCAGAAAUCUCACAUUAAGGAAGUAAUAUUGGUUGCAGUUAAUGUCGGUUUACUUACUAAUGUAUUUUGCUUCUGAUUUUGACCGUCACAUGACCGUCAGACACAAUCAGUUUGCAAUGAGUAACUGAGUGAUAUAUGUGACCUUUUAGUGAAGUUAUGAGGCAAAUCAACUAGAUUUUUGCACUUACUCUGCAAUAAAUCAGAAACUGAAACAACUGUUUUUCAAAAGUGUGAGCUUUGGCUUGCUAAAAAGUGUAUAUUUUCUGUUAACCAUGCAACAUCCUUUUUCUGAAACACUUUAAGGCCACAUAAUACUGACGGCUAAUAUAUAUAUUUAUAUAUAUAAGGCUUAAUUUUAUUUAUCAUGAUUCAGGCUCAAAAAAUAAACUUGGAAAGUGCAAAAGGUGAUGCAACCAGUUUGACAUCUAGCUGUGUUGCAGAUGCGUUUUGGUGAGACUUUGUAUCUUUGAAUGACUGAUCAACAUGAAACAUUAAAGCUGCACAGUGAAACAUCUCA